AACAGGUCUAUAAUAUAAUAAUAUAGGAAGGUUAGGUACAUAAUAUGUGUAAUGAAUAUCUUAAAAAAUGGUUAUGGAUGGUGUAGUAGAUGCAUUGUGGUAUUCAUAGUAACUGCAAUUGUCCUAAUAAUUUUUGAAUACAAUUUGUACUAUAUAACACAGGAAAAUGUUUCAUCUGAAAACCAGAUUCACAUGCUAAUGCCGAAACCGAAGCAAUUUAAAAUUAAACAUAAGAUAUGUCCAAUGUUUGAAUGUGGAACAUGUGGAAUUGGUAAUGCAAUAUUCCAGUUCGCUUCAGCUUUUGGUAUAGCCCUCCACCAUAACAUGACACUAGUUAUCACAGAGAAUGAACCAUUCAACAAAAUAUUUGAUAUCAAUGACAAGAACAUACAAAAACAUAGAAACAGGGAUAUUUGUGAUAGAAUGCCGAUUAUUACAGAAAAUUUUGGAUGUUGUGCUUACGACAGCAAAUUCAGGAACCUUAACUCGUCACGUGAUUAUAGACUUGGACAUUAUUUGCAUUCUUGGAAAUAUUUUCAUGGUUACGAAGAAAAGCUAAGAAAAGUGUUAGUGUUUAAGCGUCAUCUUCUGACUUAUUCCGAAAAUGUUAUCAAGAAUUUGCUAUUAAAACACGGAUUUCGUUCAAAAUCAGAUGCUAUAACUGUAGGUAUACAUGUUCGUCGAGGUGAUAUGGUUCAAAAGUUUCAACGCGGUUACAAUGUUGCUUCGAAAAAUUAUUUUACCAAUGCUGUUAGAUAUAUGUCUUCGAAAUUUAAUAAAACCAUUUUAUUUAUUAUUGCUUCCAAUGAUAAAGAAUGGACAUCAAAGAAUAUCAUUUCAAACAAAGACUUGAAAGAUUACAAGUUUGAAUUGCUGACAAAUAAUAAACCGGAAGUAGAUUUUACGAUUAUUUCAAAUAGUGAUCACGUGAUAACAUCCGUUGGAACAUUCGGUUGGUGGAUGGGAUGGUUAGCAAAUGGAUUGACAUUAUAUUAUAAAUGGCCUACCAGACCAAAUACAUUUGUUGGUUCUCAAUAUAACAAGAACUUCACUGAUUUCUUUUAUACUGAUUGGAUAGGAAUUUCAUAGCAAAUAAAAAAAAAAUGCAAAUUCAUAAUAAUCAUCGGGCCAGAAUCCACAACUAAUUCCUUUAUUAUUUCUUUCUAACAUUUUGUCGCAUGAAAAACAAUUUCCCUAUUAUUCUUUUGUGUAUAUUUUUGUAUAUGUGUAAUGUUAGUCAAGACAUUUCCGAAAAGUGAAAAUAUUACCUCUUUGUAUCUGGCCUAAUCUCUCUAUCCAUGUCAACAUAAGUUGAAAUAAAACAUCCCAAAUUUUA